AUGGAAGCACUGUGGAAUUUAGAGGACAAAUGGAACCUAACAACCCAACAAGCACUCCUUCUAUUUGCAUGCACUGCCUUUGCUGUCAUCGGCCUAUGCACUGCAACCAUGCUAAAAAGGAGGGCCCAAAGAAAGCCAAUGGCGAACCAAGACCCUGCAACUUCUGAUGCCUCCAUUACGUGGUCUGAUAAUCAUGAGUCUCACUCUAGUAACUUGGUCAGAAUAAGGAGGAUAUUGAUGGAGUCGAUGAGGUGGAGCGAAGCAAGCAAGUGGGAGGAGGAGACAAGUGUUGGGAGCCUGGGAGAGAGGUCACCGCCACAGCCACUUCUUGGGUUUGGAGAGUGUGAGUCGUCGUCGAGGUCUGGUGUGGGGUGGCCAAGCCAUAACUCGGUGUCACCAGUGUGGCAGAGGCCAAUACUAAUGGGGGAGAAAUGUGAGUUGCCGAGGUUCAGUGGACUUAUUCUCUACGAUGAAAGAGGAAGGCUGCUUGAUCACUCUCUUGAAUCAUCGCCCAAGGAAAAUAUCCACCAGGAGAAAUCGGCUGCUGUUUUGAGAACUACGCUAAGGGAUUUGCUGUAA